AUGGAGCUUGGCCCCACCAGCCACGAACCUCCGAGACCCCAAUCUCAGAAGGGCUCUGAUCUCUCCCCUGCAGAGGUUUUUGCCUAUGACGAGAGGGACUUUGUGCUGAGUGGAGUAGAGUGGCAGGAAAACAGAGGGAGUCGUGGACCCCCUGUCCACACCAUGUCCCACUUUGACAGAGUUCUUCAGUCAGGCUGGAAGGACAGACAGAACCGGGGACUCUUCCGCUACUACUUGGAGGAGCUGCAGACCCGGAUCCUGCCAGGGAUGGUAGGAUUUGUGGCCCAGCUGAACAUCCAAAGGGGGUCAGAGAGAAGGAGACCCCAGGAGAUCCAAAGCAUCCAGCAGAGAUUUGAUCCCCAGCAGUUCAACUUCAGCAAGAUCCGGCCUGAGGAGAUUCUCUUUGGCAUGUCCAGGGGCCAGACUUCCUCCAGGCCCUGCUUGGCAGGUGCUCAGAUUCCGCCUGGCUCUGCCUUUGUCCUUGUAGUGAUCAAUGUCAGCCCUUUGGAGUUUGGGCACAUCCUUCUUAUCCCUGAUCCCACACUCUCAUUGCCACAGAUCCUUACCCCACAGGUCGUCUGCUUUGGCCUGGAUGCUGUCCUCCUCAGUGGCCACCCUGGCUUCCGUGUGGGUUUCAACAGCCUUGGGGCCUUUGCCUCGGUCAACCACUUGCACCUGCAUGGCUUUUACUUGAACUGGGAGCUGCUGGUUGAAUCAGCCCCCUGUGAGCCUCUCCUGCCCGAAGCAAACUUCUAUCUGCUGCAGGAGGUCCCAGUUCCCUGCUUCGUCUUCUAUAGUGAAGGGCAGCAGUUAGAGGAGCUGGCACAGCGUGUUUGCCAGGUCACCAACUAUCUGGUAAAGAAGGAGAUCGCUCACAACCUGUUCAUAACCAGGGGUGCUAAACCAGAGGGGCCCAUCCACUCAGGAGCCCGACCUGGAAUCCGGAUCAUAGUCUGGGCCAGGAAAUCCUGUUUUGGUACCAAAGAAGAGUCUGCCUUCAAUGUGGCUCUCUGCGAGCUGGCAGGGCACCUGCCCAUCAAAACUGCCCAGGAUUUUGAGAGUCUCACAGAAGCACUGGCCAUUCACACCCUUCAGAAAUGUCUCCUCCCAGACUCUCUGUUUUCCCAGCUCCAGUGUGAGCUGGUGGCCCUCCUCAAAGAGUGA